UAACAUUCUCAGUCUUGUCAGUAUUACCGUUGCAGAGUGAACUGGUGUGGUUGCGCGACGUUUCUCGAAAUUAAAGAUUUUCUGCGAUAGAAUUUGAAAAUCAAAGCAUCAAGAAAUACUUCUCUUGGUAUUGUCAACAUAAAAGUGUGACGGUUGUGUGAACAAAACCUAUUACUGCCAAUAUUAGUCUAGAUUGUCACCAGUUGGUCAAGUUACCUUGGAAUAUCCGAUAUAAAACAGUAUUUAGCUGGCCUCGUGCUUAGAAAAUGGCCAAAUGGGGCGAAGGAGAUCCACGCUGGAUUGUGGAAGAACGACCUGACGCUACUAAUGUCAAUAAUUGGCACUGGACGGAAAAAAAUGCCGGUCCGUGGUCCAAGGACCGUCUAAAAGAAUUAUUGAAUAAUUUAAUAAUAGCUCAGAAUGGUAUAGAUUGUAAGGUGACUGAGGUUGAAAAGGUUGAUGGUGAAGCUUCUGCGAAUAAUAGGAAAGGAAAAUUAAUAUUUUUCUACGAGUGGGACAUUAAACUGAAGUGGGAAGGUCGUCUGGCCGGCGCUAGUGAACUGGUCAAAGGCGAGGUGCACAUCCCCAACCUUUCGGAGGAGAAUGAUGUCAGUGAGGUGGAUAUGACGGUAACAAUCAAGGGUAGCGGUGAAGAAGCCCAGAGGGUUAAAUCUUUCAUGCACAACUUUGGAAAAGAUGAAAUCCGUAAACAACUCAAGGAAUAUAUAAGAAGUUUGAAGGAAGAGUUCUCUAAAGGUCUAAUCCUACCUAAGAAAGGAGAAACAUCAGUCAAACCGGACAGUGUGUCAACCAUCACAAGUGGUUUUAAUAAGAAAAUAAACAUGGAACCUGUAAUUUCUACAGAGAAAAAGCAAAUAGGUUGUAAACUGGACACUAAAACUAUUGAAUUAACGGAAACUUUCCAAUGCCGUGCCGAAGAGUUUUAUAAUGCAAUGACAAGGAUAGAAAUGGUGACCGCCUUCACUCAGGGUCAUGUGAAAAUGGAUCCAGAGAAAGGAGGCAAGUUUGCAUUAUUUGGUGGAAAUGUGACAGGAGAAUUUAAAGAGUUGGUCCCUGGGAAGAAAAUUGUCCAGUAUUGGAGAUAUAAACAAUGGCCAGAACAACAUUUCUCUGAAGUUACAUUUACUAUCGAUGAAAAGGAUGACCACACUCUGGUGACAUUGAAGCAGGAACUGGUCCCGGCUGCGGAAGUUGAGCAGACGGAGGAGAACUGGAAGCGUUACUACUUUAACAGUAUCAAGAGAGCGUUCGGCUUCGGCGCAUUCCUCUGAUCUUUGCACCAAGGUUAGAAAAAUUAGAUCCAAUUAUAUCAAGGAAUAUCCAAUGAAAUGAGCGUUGUCUGCUUAAGCCCCCUUUAAGUUAAACCUCACUUGAUCCAAUGCAUUGUGCAGCAUUCUCAGUUUCAAACAGCUCCGGACAAUGUGUCUUGCUUGUUUUUUUUUAUUUAAUUAGCUUGAUGUAAGCAAGUGAUUAGUUGAUUGUACCACUAAUAAAUUAUGUUAGGUAUUU